AAACAAAAGCGGCUAAAGGGGACCUAGCUAAUAGUUUGUUGUGUUUUCGUAUCUCAGCUGAAUAUUUCAGUAGUUUUAGUAUAAUUUUUUUGUAGUUCAGCAUCUGAGAGAGUUUAUCAGAGAGCGACUAACUGCUGCUGCUGAGGAAAUCUUCACAGAGGUUGAAAAAGCUCAUCAUCCUCUACGAGGAAGAAAACAGACUGAUGGAAAUCUACUGGAAACCCCAAAUAAAUCUCCACAGAAUAGAACUCCAGAAGCAAAAUUGAUCAAAUGAGGAGGAAACAUUUGCCAUCCAUCAACUUUGUAACAAGAUGAGGAAAUCCAGUCAUGACCAGGGUGAAGUAGUUCCUCAAUGGACUGAAGAGGAUCUGAUUGAACCAAACAAUCCAUCUCCUCCUGGUAAAGCUAUGGAGGAACCAGGACCUCAAUGGAUUAAAGAGGAGGAAGAACAACUAGGACGUCCACUGAUCAAAGAAGAAAAUGAGGAAACUGAGUCUACGUGGGCUAUAGAGGAACACAAGGGACCCGCUUUGCAACUGAUGCAAGAACAGGAUGAACCACAAACUCCACUGCUUGAAAUAAAACAGGAAAAGGAAUCUUCACUGCUUAAACAUGAGCAGUGGCUAUUGGAACAUUUACCAGCUAGACAGGAACAGAAGGACGUGCUUAGCUGUCAGUUUGACCAGAAACAGUCCAAUAAUUUGAUGCCUCCUAUUAAAGAACUGAGGGAAGCAGGACCUUCAUGGAUUAAAGAGGAAGAAGAGGAUCUAGCUGUUCCUCAGAUCAAAGAAGAAAACGAGGAAUCUGAGUCUAUUUGGACUAGAGUGGAACUGAAGGAACCAGAUUUGCUACUGAUGGAAGAGCACGAUGAACCAGAACCUCAGUGGGAUAAAAAGGAAGAGGAGAAACCAGAAUCUCCACUACUUAAACUAAAGGAGGAAAUUGAUUUUUCACUUCCUAAACAUGAACAGCAGCUAAUGGAACAUUUACCAGCUAGACAGGACCACGAGGACCUAGUCAGUAGUCAGAAGGAGGAGCAGUUUGUCCAAAAGCAGUCAAUUAGUUUGAUGGAGACUUUUAUUCUUCAGGAAGAGGAUUUGCAUGAAAGAGAACCAAUAACUGAGGAUCCUUCUUUUCAUAUCUCUACCGAGGUUGAGACUAAAGAUCAAAGAGAAAGUAGCUCCACUGUCUCAGAAAGUCAAUCUCAAACUGACACCAACAAAAAGUAUUUUAAAUGUGACGUUUGUGAGAGAUCCUAUAUGAAAAGGUCUACCAUGAAACGCCAUUACAGAACCCACUCAGGUGAAAAACAUUUAACAUGCUUGACAUGUGGGAAAGGUUUUUCUCAAAAUUGUGAUUUAAAUGCUCACAUCAGAACCCACACGGGUGAGAGGCCUUUCGCAUGUCAGACGUGUGGGAAAAGUUUCUCUCGGAUGAAUAGUUUGAAAUACCACAUCAGGACCCACACAGGUGAGAAACCUUUUCCCUGUAAUACAUGUGGAAAAAGUUUCUCUCGCAUUUGUGAUUUAAAUACUCACACCAGAAGCCACACAGGUGAGAGGCCUUUUUCUUGUGAGAUAUGUGGACAAAGUUUCUCUAGAGAUCAUAAUUUAAAGGCUCACAUCAGGACCCACACAGGGGAGAGACCUUUACUAUGUAAGACAUGUGGAAAAAGUUUCUCUCGGAUUAAUAGUUUAAAAUAUCACAUCAGAACCCAUACAGGUGAGAAACCUUUUUCCUGUAAAACAUGUGGAAAAAGUUUCUCUCAAAUUUGUGAUUUAAAUACUCACACCAGAACCCACACAGGUGAGAGGCCUUUUACUUGUAAGAUGUGCGGAAAAGGUUUUUCUAAAAUUUAUAAUUUAAAUGUUCACAUCAGAUCUCAUACAGGUGAGAAGCCGUUUUCAUGUAACACAUGUGGGAAAAGUUUCUCUCGGAUGAGUUGUUUAAAUGAUCACAUCAAAACCCACACAGAUAAGAAAGCUUUUCCAUGUAAGACAUGAGGAAAAGAUUUCUUUCAGAUUGGUAAUUCAGUUGAUAACAUUAGAACCAAUAUAGAUAGGAAACCUUUUCCAUGCAAGACGUGUGGAAAAAGUAGUAAUUUAAAUGAUCAGAGGAAAAGCCAAACAAUUGAGAAACCUUUAUGUCAAAUAUGUGGGAAAGGCUUUAUUGACAUUGGCACACUGAAUUUCCACAUAAAACAAAUGCACAUAAAUGAGUAGACCUAAUUAGACCUUGAUACAGAUGAAAAAUUAAAGGUUUCAUCUCGUAAAUAAAAAAAUAUUAACAAUGAGGCCUCCAAUCAAUUUUUUUCUGUUUGAACAAAAAAAAAGCCUUUCAGAUUAGACAAACUGCAUGGCCCAACAACCUCCUCAUUCAACCCUCUUCUAAACAACCAGUUUUAACUUUCCAAAACCUAAAUGCCCUAAAGCCUGAAACUAUGACAAACAGUCAAAGUUUGCACUGAUGGCAGCUACAGGAGUAGGUUGACCAGAUAACAGCUCAUGCCACUCAUUUACAUCGUUAACAACAAUAAUACUUACUUUUUAAUUCCAUCAGAAAUACAGACAAAUCCCACUCUGAUCACCUCCCCACAAAGCAUGCAGCAUUUCCUCUAAAAAUGGGUUGAUAUGUUUCAAGGGAUGGCUGGAAACCCUAGACCAGUGGUUCUCGAACUUGUAUGUAUAAAGGAACGGGUUCAGUGAAAAAAAGGAAAAGCUUCCCUGAUGUUUAUCUGGCGGGAACAUAAAAAGGCCCUUCCUCUCUGCCUGCCAUGCAAAGCUGCUAAAACUAAAUACUGGAGAAAACUCAAGCCUUCCAUACAGAGAUCAGAGGAGGUUUGCAUUUCUAGCACAGAUUCUCUGGUUAAACAAUGUAUUUUUGAUGAUUUUUAUUAUAUAUGUUUAUUGUUUAGUAAAGACAGAGCUAACAGGUUGAACCGAUGGGUAUGCUAUGCUGACAUGUUUUGAGCUGCUGUCUCCAAAGCUAAAACAAGCUUUCUUUCACUAAUUAAAACACUAAUACUUUAACUUUCAUAUUUUUUCUCAUAUGCUCAUUACAUUUUGAUUAGCGAAUUAUGAGCAGAAGUCAUUUAACAGGAGUCAUUAUCUGCACGCUGAUACCGCACUCAAAGAAGAUAAAGAAUCAAUUAAAUAAAGGUUAUGGGCUCCUGAUUAACCAAAUCGUUUAUUAAAACAUUAUUUGGCCAAAUGAUGUUUUAGUCACCUCUUGGAUUUGCAUUGUGAAUUGGUUUGCUCUAAAUUAGCCAAGACCUAAUUUGACCGCAUUCCAAAUUCAAGAGAAAAUCUAUGCUAAACUUUGAUAUCAUUGCAUCACCUCUUUGACUUUCAACCAUGUUUUUCCUUCUUCUUUGUACAUAGUAGCUUAGCUUAGUUGAGUUUCACUUGAUCAGUCAAGAGUUUUUAACCGAAAUAUGUUUGACUUGGAGCUGAAUGAUUUAUGUUAAUA